GAGCAGAAGAAGCAACCUCAGUCUCAGUCACCCGAGACGUUUGUCCUAGCAGCUAGGCGGCUCGAAGGCAUAGAUGGUGCUCCACUCGUGUAAGUUAGAUCUAGGGUAUCCGGUAACGUCUGCCGGGAUCUGGAGAUUUGGAGGGAUGGAAAGAGGACAGCGGUAUAGCACCGUAUUGAUCGUGUGUAGAUUCAUGCGGUAUAUAAGGAUUGCUCUCCCCGGGUCUGCCUUCUUCUAUCCCUUCACUCUUACUGCCUAUUCGAUAGUUGCCCGGACAAUUGUUAUUACCGGCGCACGCCCACGAGUAUCGCGCCUUUUUUUCGUCAGCGGAAAACAAAAAGCCUGUUAAGAUGCCAUCAAUUGGUGCAUUUCUCGUGUAUGGCCUCUACCUUGCUUCCUUCCUUGGAAGUGCUGCUGCAGCGCCACUACCAGGCGGUGACCCCAGCGAGACUUCUCGGCGUUCUUGUAAUGUGAUCAAGAGGAAGGAAUGGAGGACGUUGUCUGACAGUCAAAAGAAAAGCUACAUUAAGGCGGUAAAGUGCAUUCAAGCCAAGCCCGCCAUAGCGAAAGCCACGAUCCCGAAUUCUGUCAGUCGGUUCGACGACUUCCAAGGCGUGCAUAUUCAGCAAACGUUCCUGAUUCACUUUGUCGGCCACUUCCUAGCAUGGCACAGAUACUACGUAGCAACCUACGAGAAAGCGCUCCGCGAGGAGUGCGGUUAUCAAGGAGCACAACCAUACUGGGAUUGGACCCUUGACGCAGACAAUUUCCUAGAAUCCCCACUGUGGGACCCCGACACAGGUUUCGGCGGGAAUGGAGCUACCAUCCCCCCCGACGGAUCCCCCAUCGCCGUCCCCGGUGCUACCGGAGGCGGAUGUGUUACCAAUGGUCCGUUCGUGGAUAUGAGACUCCACAUCGGCCCUGGAGCUUCGCUGAACGCUACAAGUCGCUGUCUAAGAAGGGGCUUCAGUCCUUUCAUCGCGCAGACCUUUUCCAACACUGCCAAAGUGAACAACGCGCUCGCACAGCCGGACUUUGGCUGGUUUAAUAAAGUGGUAGAGGGAGAGACCAACUUCCAGAACGCCGGGAUUCAUGGCGGAGGGCAUUUCUCUGUUGGUGGAGAGGCGGGAGAUCUAUUCUCCAGUCCCGGAGAACCGGUCUUCUAUCUCCACCACGCCAACCUUGACAGAGUCUACUGGAAAUGGCAGUCUAUGAACCUACCCGCUCGCCUUUCGGAUAUUUCUGGCCCUGUAACAAUGAUGGGCCCGAUCACAGGGCCCAAUGUUACGUUGUCGUUCCCAAUCGACCUUGGUCCUCUCGCGCCCCGCGUUACGGUCAAGGACCUUAUGGAUAUUGAAGGGAGUAAGAAGGGAACUGGAGUGCUCUGUUACACCUAUGAAGAGUGAAGACGAGGCGAAUAAGGUCCGACCUGGGCCUGGUGAGGUGAGGAUGGGUAUAGUUUUAUUAUAUUAUUAUCGUCUAUAUUGUAUCAUGCAUAUGCAUAGCUCACGAAAGUCACGAGGAAAUGUUGCCGCACGGGUUUCUCCUUUCUUAAACGUAUAUCAUGACAAAAAUAAAGUUUCACGUAUGAUUA